AUCAGAAAUUUUAUGGCGAAGUAGCUCUAAUAACUGGUGGUACGCGUGGGAUCGGAUUCGAAAUCGCGAAAAAAUUUGCGGAAAAUGGAGCAAAUUGUAUUCUGGUUGGAAAAAAUUCGGAACGCGUGAAUCUUGCUGUUCUAAAUCUGAUAAAAUUUGAGAGGGAGACAAAAAACGACAUAUAUGGCAAAAAGCAGACAAAAGAGGGCGAGAUUGUUCAUGAUCAUGAUAAUAGACAUAUGGGCAUUGUAUGUGAUUUGAGCAGUAAUAUAGAAAUCGAAAAAGCGGCAAAGGCAUUCAAGCACUUUGGACGAGUAGAUUAUUUAAUAAACGUUGCUGGUAUUUCACACGACAACUUGUUAAUCCAAGUAAAAGAUAACGAAAUCGAUGAAAUAAUAAACACCAAUUUAGUUGGGACCAUUCUUGUAUCUCGUAACAUUGCUAAAGUUAUGUUACGACAAAAUAAAGGCUGCAUUAUAAAUAUUUCAAGCGUUAUUGGACUUUACGGAAACUCGGGACAAUCAGUCUAUAGUGCUUCAAAAGCGGGAAUAAUAGGAUUUUCGAAAUCUCUCGCCAAGGAACUUGCCAGGAAAAAUAUACGAGUCAAUGUAAUUGCGCCUGGAUAUAUCGAUACAGAUAUGACAUCGGGAUUACCACCAAAGACCAAAGACGAAAUCUUAUCGAGAACAUUGUUGAAUCGUAUUGGCGAUGUAAAGGAUGUCGCUCAUGCUGCUAUGUAUCUUGCAACAGCCAAUUUCGUGACUGGACAGACUUUAAUUGUUGAUGGUGGAUUAUCAAUUUCAUGA